AUGACCACGGAAGAAUUUGUAGGAAUCUCGAAUUUACCAAAUCAGAUCUACAAGCUGGUAUCCAAACAAGGUGGAGUAUUCACCUUGUUAACAUGCGGUGAAAGUGGUUUGGGUAAAACUACCUUCAUAAAUACGUUGUUCCAGGCAACAUUGAAGCCAUCUGACUCCCAUACAGGCCGUUCGAUGCAAGGGCCAAUUAGGAAGACCGUGGAGAUUGAUAUAUUACGUGCAGAACUAGAGGAGAAGAAUUUUACCUUGAAGGUGAAUGUAAUUGAUACUCCCGGGUUUGGUGACAACAUCAAUAACGAUAAAUCGUGGCAACAGAUCAUUGAUUUUAUAGACGAUCAACACGAUUCCUAUAUGCGUCAAGAACAACAACCAUACAGAGAUGUGAAAUUUGAUCUAAGAGUACACGCUGUACUGUACUUUAUCAGACCUACAGGACAUGGUUUGAAACCAUUGGAUAUUGAAACUAUGAAGAGGAUCAGCACUCGUGCUAACUUAAUUCCCGUAAUCGCCAAGGCUGAUACUUUGACAAGUCAGGAAUUACAAGAUUUCAAGCUUAGAAUUAGACAGGUCAUUGAGGCACAAGAGAUUCGUAUCUUUACACCACCUUUGAAUGAGACACAGGAUGAUGCAGCCGCUAUGGAACAUGCUAGACAACUAAUUGAAUCCAUGCCAUUUGCAAUUGUUGGUUCAGAAGAACAAUUCGAUAACGGUAGUGGUACCAAAGUUGUUGCAAGAAAAUAUCCAUGGGGGUUAGUGGAAGUAGAGAAUGAUCAACACUGUGAUUUCCGCAAAUUGAGAUCGUUGUUGUUGAGAACAAAUCUGUUAGAUCUUGUCUUAUCCACUCAAGAGCUACAUUACGAAACCUAUAGGAGAUUACGUUUGGAAUCUCAUUUGAAUGGAUCGUCUAACGAUAACGAACUAGGAGAAAAAUCGGCGAACAACUUCGUUGCUGCACCAGCAAGAAAAUUAUCACAUAAUCCAAAGUUCAAAGAAGAAGAAAACGCACUAAAAAAAUACUUCACUGAUCAAGUUAAGGCCGAAGAACAAAGAUUCAGACAGUGGGAACAAAACAUUGUGAAUGAAAGAAUUAAACUGAACGGUGAUUUGGAAAAGAUUCAAGCCGAAGUAAAGAAAUUAGAAGAUCAAGUGGCCACAUUGAAAUUAAGAAAACGCUAG